AUGGCAAACCUUUACAAGGGUCUUGCCCUGCAAGUUCAAUUUCGUGUAGAAGACGAUCUAAUGACUGAGGCUUUGCCAAUGGAGACAGAUUACGGAGUACAUGGAUUGACUUUUAUUGCAAAAGAAGUUCCGGGUGAUGACAACCUGGAACCUGCAGGGUUAUAUCUAGUUGGUGCAAAGACAAUGCUAGACAAGCAACCAGGUGACUCAGUGGCGAAGGUGGACGUCUUAUCUGCCCUUGGGGAGCUGGAACUUAAAAAAAGGAAUUAUAUGGAUUCUUUUAAGCACUAUCGGGAGGCACUAUCCAUUAUGGAGCGUUUGGUUGAACCAGACAAUCAACGCAUAGCUCAUCUGUAUCCGUUCCCUUCACUUAAAGCUCCCAGAAAUUUUAAAAUAUGUAUGUGCUUGGCAAAAUGCAAUGACAUUAAGCAAGCCACUGAAUAUUGCGUGAAGGCUAUAUCAAUCUGCAAGAACCGGAUUCAGAGGCUCAAUAGUUCGCCUGGACCUUCUUCUAGUGCGCCUGAUGCUGGUCUCUCUCUUCUGGAUAAAGCUGGUGAUAUUGGAAAGUUCGAGUUACUUUUAAGAGAAUUUGAAAGAAAGCUUCUGAUUCUGCAGCAUCCGAUGAUGUCAUCCUCACCUACAGACUCAAGUUUUGAUUCACCCAACAUCAACACAAGAAUGCAGAAACAAUCAGGCAUUGAGGCAAGUGGAACAAAGAGACAGUUAUCACCGGAUCCAGCCAGCAAAGAACCGAUGAGUGCUACCAGCAAACAACCCGGAGGUCCUGAGCAUAGUCCUCCAACUGCGGGGAAGGAAGUCAAGAGACAGUUAUUUCCAGAUUCCUCCAGCACUGAAAGUACUCCAACAAAGAAGCAUUCAUUGGGCCCAUCAUCAACAGAGGAGGACAAGGAGGGAACACCUUGA